AAUCCACAAGUUUUACUUGUAUAUUCUUCUGUACAAAUAAUUAUUCGACACCAUGGAUAUUCACAUGCUUUAUGGGCCAGAUGUUGCGGUUGUCCUAAAUGUAAAACAAUGCUCGAUAGAGAUAUUAAUGGUGUUCGCAAUAUUCUUCUUCGCUACCUUACUAAAAAUGAGUCAGGUUUAGCUGAUGUGGGAGCCUAUUCCCUUACAGGACUUGUAUUACCUAAUUUAGACUUUAUUUAG